CGUCGAACACCUCACUUGGCCAGUAUGACCUCCUCGCACGAGAAGGCCCCGCUCCUGCCUCUGUCUCCGCAGCCUCUUUCAUCCAGUCAAAGGCAUCGCCAUCGUCGAGAAUCGUUCGAGACGGGGUUCCCACUCGUUGUUUCCGAAGAGAUCGACGUUCAGGCCACUGUACCGGAGACUGAAGCUGAACCACCUCGACCCGCGGUCUCCGUAUCGCCGUGUCAAUGGUUGGGACACAAUUGCGCCGUGCCGUUUACGCUGCUGAUGUCAGCGAUCGGCGCCGGCACAUUGGCGGUUCCCUAUACUUUCGUGCUGUUGUCGCCUGUCCAGGCGGUUCUGGUGUUGUGCUGUGUCGGGUUGGCAAUGGCUUUCACAGCUGAUACACUAGUAGACGUUCAUGUAAAAGUGACAACAGAGAGUGUUGAUGAACUGCAGGGAAGUCGAGAAACGUACCAGCAUUUGGCUUGGAGAGCUGGCGGCAACCUGUUGGCUCGACUGACUGGAGCUUUGACGGCGUUUGCAGUGUUUGGAGCGUGUGUGGGCUGCGUGCGAGUGGUGAAGGACAUGGCACCGGUGUUGCUUUCUGCGGUGGUUAAUGGAUUUGAACAGUGGGAUGUAGAAGAGCAGCAACAUGCAGUGGUGACUUCAGUUUGGGUCGUGGUGCUGGUUGUCGUACUGCCACUUGGAUGUCUGACGAAAAUAUCGGCGCUGCGAUUUUCGUCAUACUUUGGAGUGGCAUUUUCGGUUUAUUUGGUUUGUGCUGUGGCAUAUCGAGCUACAAUUGGGGGCAUCGAAGAUGCAGGUCUCGAUAAUAAUGGGGUCCCAGUACCAGAGACGAAGAGUGAAGCGUCAUUAUUCUGGCGCGUAGCUGAGGUCGUAGGUAUAUACAACUUCACGUUCAUGCUCCAUUUAAAUGUGAUUCCGUUGCUCGCACAACUCGUGGCUACUGAAACGGCGAGAAGACGGAAGGCAGAAGACAAGGACAUUGAAAAUCUUGGCAGUACAGAAGCUCCUGUGGAUGUACACUUACUUCAAAUUGCUGGACGAACCAUGCGACGUCACUUGGCUUUGGCUGUCGGCACGUGCAUUCUGCUGUAUGCGACGUUCGGUAUUUGCGCAGUGCAGAUUUAUGGGAAUAAAACGCAGGGUAACAUACUGCUAAACCUCUCGAAUGACCGGAUCAUGGCGGUGCCUCGUGUGGCGAUUUUAUUGACGAUUUUACUGUCAUUUCCGCUGCUAUUUCAUCCGCUUCGUUCGCUGGUGCUCGAGAUGUAUGUGGCCUGUACAUCUCGUAGUAACAAGGAAGAUGAGAACGACUCAGCUCCGUCACAAUUUGUACAGGCAGUUGUGACUCUUCUACUGCUGGUUGCUCAAAUUAUCUGCGCCUUACGCGUUCCUGGACUACAAGUGGUGUUUUCCUUCGUUGGUGCGAGUAUCUUGCUGAUGCUGUGCUACUUGUUUCCACUGAUAUUUUACGUGCGUCUCACGGAGUGGCGUUCGGGUCGUAAGGAAAUGACACGACUGGUUCUACUGGCGGUGUUAGGCGUGGUCGCGGCUGUGUUUUGUGUCGCAGCUACCCUACAGCUUGUAUUUCCAGCGUGACUCAACCUAGUCGUGGUUCAGUGCACUUAAAGAAAUUGAGAGAAUCUAGAUGUAUUUAAUAUUUUGGAUGUGAUCAUGCAGUUUGUCUGUUCAUUUUAGACGACGAUCAAACGACGCUGAAUGAUAACAAGCAUGCUGUUUUAUAUGUAUA